CUUAUCUCUUACAUUAGCGGCACGAGUUAAUGACUCACACGCUGGCAAGAAACAACACGAUGUGCACAUUAGAGAAGAGAGGACCCCUCUUCGUCCUAACCCUAACCAGCGAAUUCGACGACCAGCACCGCCUCAACCCCACCCUCCUAUCUUCCCUCCUCGCUGCGCUCUCCGAAGUCAAGUCCCAAGCCACCGCCGGCUCCGCCCUCCUCACCGCCGCGCACGGCAGAUUCUUCUGCAACGGCUUCGACUUCCGCUGGGCCCAGGCCGCCGGCGACCAGCCCUCCGCCCGCCUCCGCCUCCGCCGCAUGUCCGACGCCCUCCGCCCCGUCCUCGCCGCGCUCCUCUCCCUCCCCAUCCCCACCGUUGCCGCCGUCUCCGGCAACGCCGCCGCUGCCGGAGCAAUCUUCGCCCUCGCGCACGACUACGUCCUCAUGCGCGCCGACCGCGGUGUGAUCUACUUUCCGGAGGUGGACCUGGGAAUCACUCUUCCAGAAUACUUCGCCGCCGUCGCCGGGGCGAAGAUCCCGGCGGCGGCGCUGCGUGACGUUGUGUUGGCCGGAAGGAAGGUUAGGGCGGAGGGGGCGGUGGAGAUGGGGAUCGUGCACUCGGCGCACGAUAGCGCGGAGGGCACCGUGGAGGCUGCGAUGCGCCUGGGGGAGGAGUUAGCACGGAGAAAGUGGGUUGGGGACGCUUAUGCGGAAAUCAGAAAGAGUUUGUACCCUGAAGUGUGUGCUGCUUUGGGAUUAACACCCAAAACCAUCGUUUCUAAGAUCUGAUUACUUGUAAUUUGAAUUGCACAAACAACAAUUUAAGAGUAUGAGAAAACAAAAAAUAAAAAAUCUAUGUACGAAGAAUGAAUUUGAAAUGUGAUCAAUAAUACAGUGUGUAUGGUUCUACAAUCAUAUGAUACAAGCAUCUAUACUUCUUGUA